AUGUCGACGCUUGCGGUGAGGGCGGCGCUGCUCUGCGUUUGCGCAUUGCUCCUGCAAUAUGCGAACGCCGAGCUGAGAGGGAGGUGUCCGGCAGAGGAAGUCCCGUGCCCAGCGCGCGCGGCCCCCUGCAACACGGACGACGAGUGCGGCGAGCAGAUCUGCUGCAACACCGUAUGCGGCCGAGCCUGCGUCGAUCCACUGUUCACUGGUUGUGAGAACUUGAAGAUAUCGACGGAGCGUAUAUCACGGGCUCUGGCGGCGGAAAACAGCCGCAGCGGUAGGGGUGCUGUGCCCAGUGUGCGGACGCCACGCUGCAGAUUGUCCGACGGGGAGUUCGAGGAGGUGCAGUGCGAUAACGAGAUCGUCAGCGCUUGCUGGUGUGUUGACGCUGCCGGCUUUGAGGUUCCUGGUACACGUGCACCGGCGGCUAGUCUGGUGAACUGCACGCGCAGUGCCCCUUGCGCCGCGCACACCUGCCGUAUGCUGUGCCCGCUCGGCUUCGAGCUGGACGAGCGCGGCUGCCCUCUGUGCCGCUGCCGCGACCCCUGCUCCUCUGUCACCUGCCCGGGGCAGCUCUCUUGCCAACUGGAGGAGGCCGCCUGCCUCAAGCCACCGUGCCCACCCAUCCCCACGUGUAAAAGAGGAAGAAGCCUUCAGAACAUCUGCCCAGCUGGAGAACCGCUGCUGAUUUCGGAGACUAGUCGACCGUUCCUCUGCGGCACAGACCCAGGCAAACCGAAUUGCCCUCCACUAUACAGAUGUCUUGUAGAGUCAGGCAACGACUACGGGGUCUGCUGCCCAGCGUCGCUGGAGCUCCAGAAAGCGGGCACUUGUCCGGCAGCGACUGCUGCGGACGAGCCCGACUGCGGGACCCCCUGCGCCCACGACCUGGAGUGCCCCUCGAUGCAGAAGUGCUGCGACGGCGGCGAGUGUGGCCGCCACUGCACGCUGCCCCACAACGUGACAAUGUGCACCCAGCAGAAGAUGCUGGCGGAACUGCUGGUCGUCAGCGAGCGGGAGGGGAAGGGCUACGUGCCGCAAUGCGCCGCGGACGGCUCUUUCGUGUCGAAGCAGUGCUCCAGAAAUGGGCUGGUUUGUUGGUGCGUGGACUCAGACGGGAACAAGCUGCGCGGCUCGAUGGGGCCCGCAGCGUCAGUCGAGUGCGCCGAGCGGGUGCGAGCGGCGAAGCCGAGCGGGCGCUCGAUGGGCGGCUGCGCGCGCGCCCUUUGCGCCGGCGUCUGCGAGUACGGCUACCGCAGCGGCGCCGACGGCUGCCCCAGCUGCGAGUGCGACGACCCCUGCGCGGGCUUCCCCUGCCCGCCGGGCGAGCGGUGCGCCCGCGUCAAGGACUCCGACUGCGCCGGCGACCUGUGCACCGGCUACCCAGUGUGCCGUCCACAAGUUUCGUACGAAAACCCCUGUGCGGUGGGCGCGCCCGCCACGGACGAUUCGGGGAGGCCUUUGAGCUGCGGGGGUGGCGAGGGGGGUGAAGGGGAGGAGGGCUGCCCCGCUGGCCACAUCUGCCUUCGCUCCCGCCGCAACAGCCCCGUAUGCUGCCCAGACCCCAACUACGAUAACUCCACCGAAGAGACUCUAGAGAUCAACUUUGAGACCUGCGGUCCGGAGGUAGAAGCGGUCUGCGGUCAGAACUCCACGAGGAGUUGUUCUGACGGCGCCUGCGAGGGUGACCAGAUUUGCUGUUCCACUGCAACGUGUGGUCCAGUCUGCGUAGAUUCCGCCAAGCUGCGCCUGCAGGCUGAUCGCUUUGACGAUACACCGACAAUGUGCGAGUAUCUGCGCGACUUCGACGAGAAGAUGGAGGGGACGGUGGACGGGAUGCGGCUGGCGCUGCCGCCGCCCAGCUGCGAGGCGGACGGCGCGUUCAGGGCGCAGCAGUGCGCGGGCGGCCGGUGCUGGUGCGUGGACCAGUUCGGCACGGAGAUACCGGACACCAGAACCGGCAACGCCUCCUCGGUGGACUGCCAGAAGGUGCGAUCGGAGCUGUCCUGUCUCGAGCUGACGUGCCGCAUGGGCUGCGACUACGGGUUCGAGCUCGGCGCGGGCCGCUGCCCCACGUGCCGCUGCCGCGACCCCUGCGCCGACGUCACCUGCCCGGCCGGCCGCGCCUGCGCUCUAGUCGACGUGGCCUGCGACGCCGACUACUGCCCGCACGUGCCCGCCUGCUUGCCGCGAAAGACGGGCCAGUGCCCGUACCUGGUGCCGGCGACGGGCUCGUGCGAGUGGGCCUGCCGCUCGGACGCCGAGUGCGGGCCCCAGCAGCGCUGCUGCGCCACCGGCUGCGGCACCGCCUGCGCCGACGCGCUCCACCACACCGCCUGCCAGCAGAGGAGGGCCUUAGCGCUGCACACCGCUGCCGAAAGUGGCAGCCCACCGUCAUGGACUUGGAUACCUGAAUGCAAAGAAGACGGAACUUACGAGAGGAUCCAAUGCCGGGGCUCCGAAAAGAUUUGCUGGUGUGUUGACGACGUCGGCAAUGAGAUUGCGGGCACACGGUCGAAGAACGCCACGCCCACUUGCGACGCGCCGGCCGCGUGUCCGGCGAGGGAGUGCGAGGCGGCCGACUGCCCCCACGGGAGACAGCUGGACGAGGGCGGCUGCCCCACGUGCGACUGCCGCGACCCCUGCCUCGAGGCGGGCUGCCGCGACGACGAGACGUGCGAGCUGGUGCCGCUGGACUGCGAGGGCGAGUGGUGCCCGCCUUUGGCGCGCUGCGUGCCGCGGCCCGAGUGCCCGGGCGGGGCCGAGCCGCUGCUGGCGCCCGACGGCUCAGCGCCGCUCGCGUGCGGGCCCGACGCCGCCGCGUGCCCCUCCACGCACGCGUGCCGCUUCGCGCCGCACGACUCGCGCCCGGCGGUCUGCUGCCCCAAGCCGAGGACGGUGUGCUUCGAGAGUAAAGAGGAGGGCGAAUGCGCCUCCGGCGGCGGUCUGAACGCGAGCCGGUGGCACUUCAACGCGGCGAGGAACCGCUGCGAGCGGAUGCACUACCAGGGCUGCUCCGGCAACCACAACAACUUCCGGACAAAGGAGGAGUGCAACGCCGUAUGCCCCGUGGCCGAGGUAACACCGAAAUUAACCAAAAAGGAGCAUCGGAAAAUAAUUAACGAAACCGAAGUACUAAGCCCGUGCGAGCGUCUGCGCGAGAAGAACGAAGCGGCCGCGCAGAAGUAUGGCAAAGGCGCCUUCAUACCGAGCUGCGAUGCAACCGGCGGCUGGGAGCCAGUGCAGUGCAUGUCGAAUAUUGAUGUUUGCUGGUGCGUCAGCGCUCGUGGUGAACCGCAGAAAGGCUCUUUGGUGCGCGGCGCUAGACCCACUUGCAACUUCCGACAGGCGCGCAAGUGGGCGCAUCGUGACGCUGACUCCACGACGGACGAAGUGUUAGAGGAGCUCAUACGGCAAAUGACGUCUCUCCGAAUGGAGGACUUCGACGAGGUGGACGAGGUGGACGACGACAUCGCUGACGCUGAGCCGCAAGGCCGAGAGGCGAGUGACGCGUCGGAGGACGCCAUUUUGGUCUCGGAGGUGGUCGAGCCGAAAGUGUCGCAGGCCACAAGGACAAGUGACAGACCAAUCCGGAUCGCAACAGACAAAAUGGCGUUCAAGACUAAGUGUCAAGUGUUGGCUGAGGAGGCGGAGAAAGCCGGGCGGGUGGGCCCCAGGUGCGAGGCGGACGGCGCGUUCGCGGCGCGGCAGUGCGCGCGCGGCCGCUGCUGGUGCGCGGACGCGGCGGGGCAGCGGCGCGACGCCGACCCGGAGCAGCGCUGCGAGGUGACGCAGAUCGAGUCUGCCGUGCUGGAGUUGGAGCUGGUGGGUGUUGGGGAAGCGGAGGCGGAACGCAGCAAGGCGGCGCUGGCGGGGCGGCUGGCGGCGCUCGGGGCCAGGGUGCCAGUUGCGGUGGCGCAGGACGCGGGAGGGGUGAGGCUCAGGGCGCUGCUCCAGGGCCCGAGGGCGGCGGACCUGGCCUUCCACCUCGAGAACGUGGUGAAGAGGGAGAAACUGACGGGCGCAUCCAGGUCGGAGGCGGGCGUGCUGGGGGCGGACGUAAUCCGCAGCGAGUACCGGCUGGCGGCACCAGCGCCAGCGCUACAACAGCGAGAGAUCGUCACCGAGUCCACGGUAUCGGCUGCGACGUCGUACCACACGGCGCUCAUCGUCCUAGCCGCCACUUCGGCGUUCAUAAUAAGCGUGCUUUGCGUCUUGGUGAUGCUGUACCGCGCACGGCUCCAAAGAGAGCCGCAAAAGGCCGAACGGUUCCUCCCCCCGGCGCCACCAGUUUAUGUGCUAUCAGCCGACGAGAAAGCCGAGCUGGCGAGGGCUCUGAACGCACCCAACAGCCGUCCGAGCGACGAUUCGAAAGUA